CUUUCUUCUUCUAGAAGAAGUACAAGUACGAGUUUUGGGAAAUGUUCAAAAUCAAAUCAUCAGCUUCAUCAUUGGCUUCUGCAGGAGUACGUGGCAGCUACCACCAGAACCGCCAUCAUCAGCGCCACCACUAGGAGUCUUCAGUUGUGGGAGGCAUGCCGACACUUGCCAACAGCUGCUCUGCGCGCAGCCUGAAGAAGGGCGGAAGUUGGCUCCCUCAAACGGCACCGGGCUGCACUUUGUGAAGCAGAGCUUCCAAGUAGUUCUUGUGCGCCUCCUUCUUCUAGUAACAGUAGCCUUGGGCAAUGUUCAAAGUCAAAUCAUCAACUUCAAUACUGGUAGCUUCUGCAGGAGUACACUGCUACAUUCAACACAGCCAGUACUGCCAUUACCUUUACCACCAGCAAUCUCGACCUCGAGGCGUAAUAGGUUUGCCGACACUUGCCAGCAGGCAUCUUGCGCCGAGUCUGACAAAGUAAGAAAGCGGUCUGGCUUGCAAAGUACCCG